UGACAAGGAAAUCCUUUUUUUGUUAUUCUCUGCAACCAAACAGACUCCAAAAAAUGAGCGAAGGAAGCACAAAUCCAGUCACUGAAACAGAGACCUCAAAUCUGAAGCGCGAGAACCCAAUCAUCAUCGAGGAAUUAAAUUCAGAGUCAAAGAAACAAAAAACUGAAGCUGAAGUAUUGACGAGUGAAGAAAGCAAGCGAAACGACAGUGGAACAGAAGAGAAGAAGCAGAAACAGCAACAGAUUGCGGCGGAGAAGGAGUUUAAGAUCGAAGCCAAUGCGGCGGAGGAUAAAGGAUCGAGACACUCCAUGGAGGAUGCUUGGGUUGUGUUACUAGACGCUAGCUUGGACUCUCCUCCUGGAAAAUUGAGAUGCGCACAUUUUGCAAUAUAUGAUGGACAUGGAGGGAGGUUAGCAGCUGAGUAUGCUCAGAAGAAUUUACAUAAAAACGUUGUCUCUUCUGGCUUACCACGUGAGUUGUUGGAUGUGAAAGCUGCCAAAAAGGCCAUUCUUGAUGGUUUUCGGAAAACUGAUGAGUCUCUCCUUCAAGAAAGUACUUCAGGAGGAUGGCAGGAUGGUGCUACGGCUGUAUGUGUAUGGGUAUUGGGACAAAAAGUUUUCAUUGCUAACAUAGGGGAUGCAAAAGCAGUUUUAGCCCGAUCAUCCAUUAUUGAUGGAUCACAGAAUCACCCAGAUGGAGUAAGUCCAUUGAAGGCUAUUGUUUUGACAAGGGAACACAAAGCCAUAUAUCCACAGGAACGUGCUCGAAUACAAAAGGCUGGUGGAAGUGUGAGUUCAAAUGGACGAUUACAAGGUCGCCUUGAGGUUUCUAGGGCUUUUGGAGACCGCCAAUUCAAGAAGGUAGGUGUUGUGGCAACCCCAGAUAUUCAUUCCUUUGACCUCACAGACAGAGAGCACUUUAUUAUUCUUGGUUGUGAUGGCCUAUGGGGGGUAUUUGGACCAAGUGAUGCUGUUGAAUUUGUUCAGAAAUUAUUGAAGGAAGGUUUGACUGUUGCAGCUGUGAGCCGCCGUCUUGUAAGGGAAGCUGUUCUUGAGCGGCGCUGCAAAGAUAAUUGCACUGCAAUCAUCAUUGUUUUCAAGCACGGUUAACACGGAGGGCCACCGAUGUUCAUUCCACUGGAAAAACAUCCCAGCAGCUGGCCAUCAGUACAUGGAGGUCUUGACACUUCUUUUUCUGUAAGAACUGCCAAAAUAUUGUUUCUUGGUUCAUCUCUUGUUGGCAGUACAUUAGCUUGACUGAUAUACUCAGACGUCUAGAAACGAAGCUAUGCACUACUGCGUAAUCAGUGAAAUAUGUAGUGAUGUGGUAAUGCUUGCGGUUGCUGGUCCUGUAACGAUUGCUAGAUGUUUGAAGAUACCGUUCCAAUAGUACAUUCACUGCUGUAGCCUGGCAAUCUUUA